GUUUAGUGAGCAUAGACAACAUGCCCAGCCCCGUGCCUACAGGGCCCCUUGUCUCUGUGUCCCCUGUCCCAAGGACACAAGACAAGGGGCUGAGGGGAAAGAGACCUAAGCAAAGAGGAACCAUCCCGCCUAGUGACUGCUCGAUGCAGGAGCCAAGUGUUCUCAGUGGGAAGCAGGACCUAGCAGAGCACUGUCAUGCAGAGGGCCCCGGGCAGGGUGGGGCACAAGCCACGAGUGGCAUGGGCUAAACCACCUGGCAGACCCAGGAAAGGAAGAGAGACACCCAGGGGGAACUGGUGAGGACAGCGAGAGGCUGGUGGGUUAGUCAUCUGGCAUCCGACGGUGGGUGUGCCAGGAAGAGUUCCCAGACACAGCAGGAAUAUCUGAACGAUGGGUGGGGGCAGUUCCCAGUCAGCAAGAGUCGGGGCUGGAUUAAGUAUCCUUAGCUGCUGGGGUUUUUUCUCUGGCCAGUCUGGGAAGGCCUCUGAGGGCAAUUCCUCUUCACUCUGUCCUUGGCCCAUGUGGGGUUGGGUGAGUGCACUGAGCUGGGAGGGAUGUGCUGAGAUCUGCUGAGGUGGGUGUGCCCCUCCCACCCGGAGAGCAGGUCCUACCAGCCCAGCCCAGCCCAGAGCACACAGCGGAAUCCAGCUUGGGGCAGCGCAGAGCAACACGGAGCACAGGUCUCUGCUGCUGACGAAGCUGUGACCAAACACACCCAACCCUUGGCAGCCAUCUGUCCCUGCAGCCAUAGCCCACAUUCCCAUACCCUCCCUCUGCUUGUUUCGGGACCAUGUCUGCACAGCCUCCAGGCCCCAGCCCCGGAGGUGAAGGCCAUGCCAUGACUCUGGUGUGCCCCAUGGCAUCCCCAGCCUAGCUCCCAUUCCCGCUUUGGCACAAUGUUGGCCAACAGCUCCUCAACCAACAGUUCUGUUCUCCCGUGUCCUGACUACCGACCUACCCACCGCCUGCACUUGGUGGUCUACAGCUUGGUGCUGGCUGCCGGGCUCCCCCUCAACGCGCUGGCCCUCUGGGUCUUUCUGCGCGCGCUGCGCGUGCACUCGGUGGUGAGCGUGUACAUGUGUAACCUAGCGGCCAGCGACCUGCUCUUCUCCCUCUCGCUGCCCCUUCGUCUCUCCUACUACGCACUGCACCACUGGCCCUUCCCCGACCUCCUGUGCCAGACGGCGGGCGCCAUCUUCCAGAUGAACAUGUACGGCAGCUGCAUCUUCCUGAUGCUCAUCAACGUGGACCGCUACGCUGCCAUCGUGCACCCACUGCGACUGCGCCACCUGCGACGGCCCCGCGUGGCGCGGCUGCUCUGCUUGGGCGUGUGGGCGUUCAUCCUGGUGUUUGCCGUGCCCGCCGCCCGCGUGCACAGGCCCUCGCGCUGCCGCUACCGGGACCUCGAGGUGCGCCUAUGCUUCGAGAGUUUCAGCGACGAGCUGUGGAAGGGCAGGCUGCUGCCCCUCGUGCUGCUGGCCGAGGCUCUGGGCUUCUUGCUGCCCCUGGCGGCGGUGGUCUACUCGUCCGGCCGAGUCUUCUGGACGCUGGGGCGCCCCGACGCCACGCGGAGCCAGCGGCGGCUGAAGACGGUGCGCCUCCUGCUGGCCAACCUCGUCAUCUUCCUGCUGUGCUUCGUACCCUACAACGCCACGCUGGCGGUCUACGGGCUGCAGCGAAGCAAGCUGGUGGCGGCCAGCGUGCCUGCCCGCGAUCGCGUGCGCGGGGUACUGAUGGUGAUGGUGCUGCUGGCCGGCGCCAACUGCGUGCUGGACCCGCUAGUGUACUACUUCAGCGCCGAGGGCUUCCGCAACACCCUGCGCGGCCUGGGCACUCCGCACCGGGUCAGGACCUUGGCCACCAACGGGACGCAGGCGGCGCUCGCGCAAUCCGAAAGGUCCACCGUCACCACGGACGCCACCAGGCCGGAUGCCGCCAGUCAGGGGCUGCUCCGACCCUCCAACUCCCACCCUCUGUCUUCCUUCACACAGAGUCCCCAGGAUUCCGCCCUCUGAACGCGCACCAUGCCACAGCGCCGUCCGUGCCCGACUCCCAACGCCUCUCGUUCUGGGAGGCUUGCAGGGUGUGCACACAAGAAGGUGGGCUGGGCACUUGGGUCUUUGGGUGGCAACUCCAGCUUAGCAACGCAGAAGAGUACAAAGUGUGGAAGCCGGGGGCCCGAGGAAGGCAUUGCUGCUGGAAAUGGCUUCUUUAAACUGUGAGCACGCAGAGGACCCCGUCUCCAGUGGUGGGAAGUGAUGCAGAGAGCCCACCGGUGCAGAGCGCAGAAGGGGACGAAAUGCCUUUGGGUGGGCGGGGCAUUAAACUGCUAAAAGCUGGUUAGAUGGAACAGAAAAUGAGCAUUCUGGAUUUAAACCGCCACAGGGGCCUGAGAGCUGAAGAGCCCCAGGUUUGGUGGACCAUGCUACUGAGAUGCCUGUUCAUCUGCUGACUUCUGUCAUGGAUGCCACCCGCUUUCAUUUCGGCCUAGGCUUCCCCUGCUCACCAUUGAGGCCUAAUGCAAGAGUUCCAUAUAGACAGAACUAGGUUCUUUCUCGCACAGUGACUUGCGACAAUUUAGACCUGGCACCCAGCAUGGGACAGUUGGGGCAAGGCAAAACUGGCUUAGAGUUUCCUCCUCUCCAAAAUCCAAGUCCAAACCCUAUUUAGGUUAUCCUUUCUUCCAUCACUCCCCCUUUUCCAGGCCUCCUCCGUUUUAGAUCCUUAAUAUUCUCUCUCUCUCUCUGCUUUGUCCAGAGUAAGGAGAAAAUUCUUUCUACUAAAGCAUUGGUUCUCAAGCUUUUUGGUCUCAGAUGCCACUCUUGGAAACUGGGGAUCUCAAACAGCUUUGCUUAUCUUUUGAUACUUACCAUACUAGAAAUUAAAGCAAAUACAUUUUUAAAAUAAAUACACAUGCACACAUUCUGUUAGCCACGAGAGCAAUAAUGUCACCACACACACUUCAUGAAACCUCUGGAAAACUCUACAGUAUACUUAUGAGAGAAUGAGAGUGAAAGGGACAAAUAAUAUCUGUGUAGCAGUAUUAUGAAAAUAGUUUGACCUCGUGGACUCCCUCAAAGGGUUGGUCCCUGGAUCACACUUUGAGAACCACACUUGUCCUGAAGUAUUACAGUUCAUGUCUAACUUCUUCCCAGGGCAUUAUGUACAGUGCUUUCUAUUAUUGUGGGGAGAGGGCAGCGCUAAAUAAAUUAAUCAAUUCUGAUAGUC